CAGACUUCAGUUUUCUGGAGCUGCCAUUGCAGAUUCUGUUUUCCAUUGAAACAGACCGCGCCCGAAUUCGCACAUUUUUUUUGAAAAGGACAAACGCGCCAACACAAACGGGAACGGGGAAGCUAAGCCUUCGCAAAAUAAGUCUGCGACAGAAAGAGAGAGAGAGAGAGACGGGGCAUUUACUGUAAUAUCUGAUCAUUAUCCCGUUAUAUUUGCAUGAAACUACCGCCCCUUUAACAAUGCAAGCUUUCAUUAACCCCUCGGUUUUGCUGAGAUAAGCGAUGAUUUUACCAGUGAUUGCGAGCGGUCUUUUAAUCAACAUGGGAAGGGAAGAUUAACCAAGCUUCCAUCAUGAUUGGAGGCUUAUUCAUUUACAACCAUAAGGGAGAAGUUCUGAUCUCCCGAGUCUACAGGGAUGAUAUUGGACGGAACGCAGUGGAUGCCUUCCGCGUCAAUGUUAUCCAUGCAAGGCAACAAGUGCGUUCACCAGUGACUAACAUCGCAAGGACCAGUUUCUUUCAUGUGAAACGUUCCAAUAUCUGGCUCGCAGCUGUCACUAAGCAGAAUGUUAACGCAGCCAUGGUCUUUGAGUUCCUGUACAAAAUGUGUGAUGUUAUGACUUCAUAUUUUGGAAAGAUCAGUGAAGAAAACAUCAAGAACAACUUUGUCCUUAUUUAUGAGCUGCUGGAUGAAAUCCUGGAUUUUGGCUAUCCACAGAAUUCUGAGACUGGUGCACUGAAAACGUUCAUUACCCAACAAGGAAUCAAAAGCCAGCACCAGACCAAGGAAGAACAGUCACAGAUCACCAGCCAGGUAACUGGACAGAUUGGAUGGAGGCGUGAAGGAAUUAAGUACCGGCGAAAUGAGUUAUUCUUGGAUGUUUUGGAGAGUGUCAACCUGCUAAUGUCACCUCAAGGUCAGGUUCUAAGUGCUCAUGUCUCAGGUAGGGUAGUAAUGAAGAGUUACUUGAGCGGAAUGCCAGAAUGCAAGUUUGGGAUGAAUGACAAGAUUGUUAUCGAGAAGCAAGGCAAAGGAACUGCUGAUGAGAGUGCGAAAAGCGGUAAACAAUCUAUAGCAAUUGAUGACUGUACAUUCCAUCAAUGUGUGCGGCUCAGCAAAUUUGAAUCUGAAAGGAGCAUUAGUUUCAUCCCACCAGAUGGAGAAUAUGAACUUAUGAGGUACCGAACCACUAAAGAUAUCAUCCUGCCGUUCCGUGUGAUCCCAUUGGUCAGAGAAGUAGGUCGCACUAAACUUGAAGUGAAAGUUGUGAUUAAAUCAAACUUCAAACCAUCCCUGCUGGCUCAGAAGAUUGAGGUGCGUAUUCCAACCCCACUCAAUACCAGUGGAGUACAGGUCAUCUGCAUGAAAGGGAAAGCAAAGUACAAGGCCAGUGAAAAUGCAAUUGUUUGGAAGAUUAAACGAAUGGCAGGAAUGAAGGAAUCUCAGAUCAGUGCUGAGAUAGAGCUUCUACCCACUAAUGACAAAAAGAAAUGGGCUCGUCCACCUAUCUCCAUGAACUUUGAGGUCCCAUUCGCUCCAUCUGGACUGAAGGUGCGGUACCUUAAAGUGUUUGAGCCGAAGCUGAACUACAGCGAUCAUGAUGUGAUAAAAUGGGUCCGGUACAUUGGGCGAAGUGGCAUCUAUGAGACCAGAUGCUGAAAGCAGGGUUUACCCAUUCGCCCCCUGUGGCACCCACUGAAACACAUCGGACUCUCUCUCUCUCCUUGUUGGUUGCUACAUGGUGCACUUGACAUUGCCUAGGAGAUGGCAGGAGCCUCAUUUAUAGGGAUGUGGUUGCACCACCGACAAUGGGGAUCCAGUCGAUCCACAGUCCUGCUUUUGCCUCAUUUUGGUUGAUUUUUAUUGUACUCUCAUUGACAACGCCCAGCGUUCAAAGCAGCUCCUGUUCCAUGUCCCACUUCACAUUCACCUCAUAAAAUGUAUUUUCCAACUAUAUAUGCGUAUUGUAGUUCCAUAGAACAUAGAAUGUAACUGGACGUUCCUGGUAGAGAUUGAACUGUGUACUGAUAGCAAUGUUGUAAUGACUGUUCUGUGCAAUCAAGAGGCACUGCUGGUCCUUCCUUCGAGCUGUGGUUGAAUUGCCGAAGUGUCUUUUUUUAAUUAUUAUUUCUUGUGACCAAAAAAUUCUUGUCAAAGUGUUGCUACUUGUUUUUGGUUAACGCAAUGGUGAGAGAGAAAGAGAAAGAAAGCAUCAGUUCACUGGCUGAGUUUUUGUUUUUUGCAAAAUCUCAAGCAGCUUCUUUCAGAGAUAGCAGGUAGGCAAGGGCUGUAUUCGGAAGACAGCACCAUAAGCUAGGACAUCAUGAAUGAUUAAAAUCCAAAGUACUUGGGGAACAGCCCAAGGGUAUUUCUACAUGAAGGUAGCUGAUUUGAGAGGAAAAAUAUGUACUUUAUCCAUUUGAGAAAUGAUAUGCUUGUAUACAUCUUGACUAAUCCCACUAUAAUGACCAGGAUCUUUAUUCAGGAAGGACAAUGUGAACCAGAGUGACUCAAUUUUUUUAAAAGUUGGUUAAUUGGCAGUCCCAUCCAGUGUACGUGACAUUUUCUCACUUUCCCUAAUUGGUCACUCUGGUUUUCACUUGAUUCCCCUCUCCGUGGAACUAAUUGGUGCACAUAACUUUACAUUACAGCACGAGAGUUUGCAUAUUCCUACACAGGUCUACUAACAGUGGACCUGAGCUCUGUGAGAGAGAUCAUGGCGAUUUCAGUCAGUCGAUCACCUAACCCUGCACCAAUUUUAGAGAAAGGAUGUGUUACAAGGACAAGUGUGGAAGACUCUCGCCUGUAAAUCCUUUUGCUCAAUGGUGUGAUCGCUCUUUGGCAACUUUUGUGAUCGUCCAGUUCAUAUUAAUAAACCAUACACAAUCA